CACACACUCAGAAGAAAGAAGAAAUACUGAACUCAAACAAUAUGUAUUUGCACCAUAGAGGCCAUCUUUGAUAGUAAUCAGCUGUUUUUGUUAGAUGGCCCUAAUAUGUAUAGGCAAUUUAAACCUUGACCUCUAUUAAUGUUUAUUAUAAAUGUAGUGACUAGUGAUAAUUGGAAUUUAUAAACACUUUCUAAUUCCUUAUACCUAGCAUAUGAUUCGAAUUUAAAUAUGUAUUUUUUCAAAAGCCAUUGUCAAAGCAUGCGCAUUCAUACUCUUCUCCUAGCACAUGUCAAUAUUUGCGAUUGCGAUGUGAAUUGUGAACGGUUUUUUCUUUUGGCGCCAAUGUUUGGUAAAUAGUUAUUUAGACUUUUAGAGGUUACUUGUAAUUUUCAUGAAAACCUGAUCUGUGAAGUGCAUAAUGAUAAAAUAUUUUAAUUACGUAUUUAGUUAUAAUUCUUCGGAAUUUUACUUCAGAUGAUUGGUUGAAACUUUGAAACCCUUAGCAUUAUUUUCUCAUUUAAAAUGGUUUUUAAGUAAAAGAAUUAUAUCUAAAAUGUAUGUAGAUGAUUUAAAGAAUGACUUCUAUGGAUUUCUUGCUGGAAAAAGGAUAUUUCUUAUGGUCCAUUAUGACAUAGAUAGUAUUUGUUGUUGUAAAAUACUGCAAUCCUUGCUUAGACACAAUCAUAUUCUAUACAGUUUAGCUGUUGUUCGAGGUAUUGAAGAUUUUAAAGCAUCUUUCCAAGAAAACUGUGAAGAUGUGAAAUAUUUUAUCUUAAUAAACUGUGGCGGUACAAUAGAUAUAGUUGAAGCUCUUGAACCAGAAGAAGAUAUUAUAUUUUUUGUAUUGGAUUCACAUCGACCAAUAGAUCUCUGUAAUAUUUACAGCAAUGAACAAGUGAGAUUGUUGUCAUCUCCUGAAGAAGAUGCAGGAGUUCCAAGUUUUGAUGAUAUAUUCAGAGAAGAUUCUGAUAAUGAAGAUGAUGAAGUGGGGGACUCUACUAGUGAGGUUGGAAGUGACGAUGAAUCUGAAGGAAGAGCUGCUAAGAGGAGAAGGUUGAACGAAGAAGAAAUCGAUAAAAGAAGAGAAAAAAGACUUUGGGAAGAGAAUAGAAGCAAAUUGUUAUUUGAGUAUGCCCAAUUUACAUAUUACGCUAAAGCUAGUGCAAUACUCAUGUUUGAGUUAGCAUGGUCCCUUAAUAAGGAUGAUAAGGAAAUGCUAUGGCUUGCCAUUAUAGCUCUGACAGAGCAAAUGCUUCUUGGCAAGCUGGAGGACUCUAAAUAUAAUAUAGAAAUAGGCAGUCUUCAAUCACAUGCUACAAGGCUUCACAAUCGCUCAAAUGAUUCAGAAGUUAAAACAUCACUGAAAAUCACAUUUGAAAAAGAUUUAAGAUUAGUUUUGCACAAACAUUGGUGUGUGGAAAGUAGCUUGAAGUUCUCUAUGUUUACAUCAUGUAGAUUGAAGUUGUGGACUCUGAAGGGAGAUAGAAAAUUACAUCAAUUGCUAGCAGAUAUGGGUUUACCUCUUGCCCAGAGUAAACAAAAAUUUACGUCAAUGGAUCUACAACUCAGACAAGAAUUCCACAGUUCAUUAGAAAAACUUAGUGAAAAAUACGAUCUUGAGGACAUUGUCUAUCCUACGUUUAUAUUACGAUAUGGCUUUACAAAUAAUUAUUCUGCUUCUGAUGUUGUCUAUAUGAUGUUGGCCCUUUUAGAAACAGCGCCUAAAUCUAAAAGUCCAGAAGAAUGUUUCCAUACAGCUCUAGAAUUUUUGCCAAAACCUAAAAAGGAAAUGGCUGAAGCAGGCAUAGGAAGAGCUAAAACUUUGUUCAAAGUUAUGUUCAAAACUGUGCAAGGAGCUUUGGAAAUGAAGCAGAUUUCAAGUGCUGGGCCUUUCCUUUACUAUAUCAUUCAAGAAGGUUUUCUUGAUUGGUACAUGUUUUCAAAUCUUCAUGUAUUGUCCCUACUGGCCCAGUUUUUACUUACAGCCUAUGUUUCUAUUUCAAGAAACAGAAAAGCAACUCAGUUACCUCUGAUUGUUUCUGCACCACGAAAUUUAGAAAACGGAACUUGCAUAAUUCUUGGGAUACCUCCUUUAUGCGAAAAUUCACCUAAAAAUUUCUUCGGUAAAGCCUUUGAAAAAGCAGCAGAGAUGUUACGAUGCAAAACAUCUUGUGAUUUUUUCGAUACAUCAUUUUUUGAACUUCCUGUGAGGGACAGAGUAAGGUUUUUAGACGCUUUGACAGCAAUUUUGACCUAAAGUGAUUCCUUCUUGUUUUGUCUAUUUCAAGUACAAAAUUUUUCCAUUUUAUUCAUUGUAAAUAUUUCAUAAUUGAAUAUUUUGUAUAUUGUCCAAUAAAACAUAGUUUUUUU